GCAACCUCCCCGCUUCGGCCUAGGGUUUCUCUCUCUCUCUCCUCUCUCCAAUCGAAUCGGAAUACAUGGAGUCGUCGCGGUCGCGGAAGCGGGCCCGCCAGGACUGCGACGGAGCCGGCGCGCCGCCGCCGCCGCCGACGGAGCGUGCGGUGGCGGCGAGGGGCGGCGCGUCGCCGCCGUGGAGGGACGACGACCGCGACGGCCACUACGUGUUCGAUCUCGGCGAGAACUUGAACCGACGAUAUAAAAUAUUGAGCAAAAUGGGAGAAGGUACUUUUGGGCGUGUUUUGGAAUGCUGGGACCGUGAAACACGUGAAUAUGUCGCAAUAAAAGUUGUUCGUAGCAUCCGCAAGUACAGGGACGCUGCAAUGAUCGAGAUUGAUGUGCUCAACCGCCUUGCAGAAAAUGAGAGAUACAGAUCGCUCUGUGUCCAGAUUCAAGGAUGGUUUGACUAUCGCAAUCAUAUAUGCAUUGUUUUUGAGAAGCUUGGGCCAAGCUUGUAUGAUUUUCUAAAGAGAAAUAGAUACCAACCUUUCCCUGUGGAACUUGUGCGGGACUUUGGACGGCAACUGUUGGAAUCUGUAGCAUAUAUGCAUGAAUUACGUCUUAUUCACACUGAUCUGAAGCCAGAAAACAUACUCCUUGUGUCUUCGGAGUAUAUAAAGGUUCCAGGUUCCAAGAAGAAUUCACCAGAUGAGAUGCAUUUCAAGUGCUUACCAAAGUCCAGUGCCAUAAAGCUGAUAGAUUUUGGUAGUACCGCCUUUGAUAAUCAGGAACAUAGCUCGAUUGUUUCUACAAGGCAUUACAGAGCACCUGAAAUAAUCUUAGGCUUAGGGUGGAGUUUCCCUUGUGACAUUUGGAGCGUCGGUUGCAUUCUUGUUGAGCUAUGCUCGGGGGAAGCAUUGUUUCAAACACACGAGAACCUUGAACACUUAGCUAUGAUGGAGAGGGUUUUGGGUCCACUACCAGAACACAUGAUACGGAAAGCCAGUUCAUCUGCUCAGAAAUAUUUUAGGCGAGGUGCUCGUCUAAAUUGGCCUGAAGGAGCUGUUUCAAGAGAGAGUAUCAGAGCAGUAAAAAAACUGGACCGGCUAAAGGACUUAGUUGCGAGGAAAGCUGACCAUUCAAGGGCAGCACUGGCAGACUUGCUAUACGGGCUUCUAAAAUUUGAGCCAUCUGAGCGGCUUACUGCCCAAGAAGCUCUAGACCACCCAUUUUUCAGAAAUACAACAUGAGUACAUGAUCAUGCUGACUCUACCCCUACCAACAUGUACGUCAAGACUCCCUGGAGAAGCGGGUGCAAGGCCAUUCCCAUAUAAAGCAGAAUGCCUUCAGCUAAUCUGUAUCAUAAAUCUUCUGUAAGCUGAGUUGUAAUGCUUGUGGUGAUGAUACGGCGUAAUCGUUCCCAGUCACCCGAUGUAAUGUACAAUAGCAUUUCACCUAGGGAAGGUUGAUGUACCAGAUGAAACCUGUGCAUUGUGAGUUGUGUUACAUGAGGAAUUUGCACUGCGACUCAUGUCGCAGUGACACAACAAUGACCAAAGCAGCCAUAUAUGCCUUCCAA